CUCGAUCCAAACUCCGCCGCUGCAUGAUAAGCCACACCACCUUGAUAAUCACGACAACUCGAAGCUUCAUCUUCCACAUACAAUAAUACAAAACCUCAUUAACACCAUGAGCCCAAAAACUCGACGACAGGCCGCAAAGGCCCAAAACCCUUCUUCUGAUUCCGAGCCUGAAGUUAGAUCCAACGGUAACGGGUCUGCCAACGGCGUCGCGGAUGCUUCGGACGAUGCCCCUCGCGAGAACAUCUUCCUUUUCAUCCCCAACAUUAUUGGCUACGCGCGCAUCGUCCUUGCUAUCGCGUCACUCUACUACAUGCCCCUCCAUCCUCGUACUUGCUCGUUCCUCUACAGCGUCUCAUGUCUCCUCGAUGCCCUUGAUGGCUACGCCGCGCGUAUCUACGAACAGUCCACUCGCUUCGGCGCUGUUCUUGAUAUGGUCACAGAUCGCUGUACUACAGCCUGUCUUAUUGUCUUCCUCUCCUCCGCCUUCCCUCGAUGGGCCAUUGUUUUCCAGGGCUUGAUUGCUCUUGACCUUGCCAGCCACUAUAUGCAUAUGUAUGCUACUCUCGUUGUCUCAGGCACCAACGCCAGUCACAAGAGCAUUGACGAGAGCAAGAACUGGCUAUUGCGCCUCUACUACACCAACAAGAAUGUCCUGUUCGCCCUUUGCGCUCUCAACGAGCUCUUCUUCAUCGCCCUCUACCUCCUCUGCUUCUCGUCUCCUCUCGUCUCGCCCUACCUCAUCAAGCCCAUCCAGACUGUCGGUGCCGAGCUUCAGGCUGGUGCUCAAGUCAACACUUCGAUCCUCGCCCAGAUCUUCCCCGACCCCUUCAGCCCUGCUGCUCUCGAGCUUGCACGUGCGAACAAGAUGGAUUCUACAGUACCUUGGAUAAUUGCCGGGGUUAGCUUUCCUUUUAUGUUCCUCAAGCAGUUCAUCAACUGCGUUCAGCUUUACAAUGCCAGCUUGGGCCUCGCCGAGAUCGAUCUCAAGACUCGCAGAGAGCAGGGUCUCCCCCGCCCCAAGCCCAAGGAAGCUUAAAUUUAACAAGUUUUCUUCUAAUGGUCUCCCUGAAAUUCGAUAAUAACUCGAUGGGAUAGGACGACCAUUUUGUUAACUGUAUGAAAACUAGCAGAUUCUACCAGCUACCUUUUUUUGUGACUGAGAAAACGGCUUGUUUCAAGUUGUGUCUUCAGUCUGUUUCAACAUGCUCUGUCUUGCCAGGGAGCAAUCAAGUAGGGAUUAUUGGAGGGGAAU